UUUCUAUCCUUCAUUCUAUGAUUUAAUCUAUGGAGCACAAUUGUUGAUUAGUCGAGCCUCUUCGGAUCGAUUAUUAAUUCAUGCCGAGGGGAUAGCUACUCGUCAUUCUUAAACAGAGUCAAUUCAGCCCCCAUGGGCUCAUCUUGAUUAUUGUCGUAUUAUUGCUAUAUUCUUAAACGUGACAAUCCAUUAUUAACUCUUGAUUUCACAUAUCUUUUUUCACGGAAAUGAACAGAUCACGACUGCUGGUUGCCCUUCUCCUCCCUCCCCUAGCCGUCGGAUAUGGGACACACAAGGGCCUCAGCUUCCUCGAAGCCAAAUAUCCCCCUCUCGACCCUGAGACAACCAGCAGUGUCACGUUGCGGACGCCUACUCGACGGCAGAGUCGACGCUGUGCCUACGUGGAUGUGUACGGGGCGAGGAUUCCGUUAAAACUCUUGCUCGCAAACGACUCGACAACUGUAGAGCAUACAACAUCAACAUCUCUUCAAGAAGUAUGGGCUCGAGCCUUGCUCUCCAGCCCGAUCAUGCGCACACAAGCCUCUGUGUUUGGGUUUCUAGGCGGCAAGGGUUACACACCUGGCGACCUGGGCGAUUCGCCAGCCGGGUUCGCGCCGGACGAACGCACAGGCUCGCCGCGCUCGCUGCUCCAUGGGGCCUUUACAGUCGAGCAGGCACCAGGAGGUGAGAACGGGAACGGCGGCAACGGACUACUGGUUUCGUGGACUAUGCCUGAUGACCUGAGGGAGUUCUUCGAGAAGAUCGCGCGGUGGGGGUAUCCCUGGCGAUUGAUGUCGGGGGGACGUCAUGAGAUGAGUGUAUCGGAGCCGUUCUUCCUUGGGGGGGAAGCUUGGGUGGAAGUCAGGUUCUCCUCUGCGCAUGAUUAUGAGAUAGUUGAGGGGGAGAAAACCCAGAAGAUCAUCCCGGACUGGACAGGGAGGUUGCAUCGGGGGUAUGCGCGGUUGGUCCUUGACGAUGCAGUGAGGAACCUGGAGAAGAAAUCAUGAUCUACGCUCUACGUUGAUGGAAAAAGCUAGUCAGAUUAGAGUAUAACACCCUCUGCACUUCUAUAUCAUUCCUGGGCGAUGAAUAAUCUCGUCGCGUGUGCCAAGUGUGUAAGCCUAUAAGGACCUCAAGUCUCGUCAUGUCACCACGUUUGCAAAACUCUCAAGAGCUCUUCUGGGUCAAUCGCAAUGGUAUUUAUCCAACGCCCGGUGACGCUGGUCUCGUUGGCUACCACAUAUAGCUCACGGCAGGGAGGAGACGAUAGAGCUGGCUCACGAUCUUGCUUUCACUGUUCUCAGAGUCUGUUCCACAAUGCUGUUGUCGCAAGCUACGCUGCUCUCCUGUGGUAUUUGAACUUUUGAAUUCUCGGCCCCAGAGGGCGCGGACGAGCACGUAGAGCGCGGAAAAUAUCC